CUGUUCACUUCCGUUGUGAAAUGCGCAGGCGCCGGAGAUGCGAUCAAUCUGACAGAAGUUCUCAUGACACCAUAGCGGGGUCUGCUGGAAAAUAUCUCAGUUGUUUGAAGUGAAAAUGGCAGUGGAGAAGCGCUUGGCAUUCUCUAUUGUGCAGUUCCUGCGAGAUCAAACACACUGUGUUGCUUUGAAUUCCGAUGAGCAGGAAAGCCUCGAAGUUGCCAUACAAUGUUUGGAGACCACCUUCAAGAUCAACUCCAGUGACUGUCAUCUCGCAGCACCACAACCUCUCACUGAAAUAUUCCUCAACUCUCUCCUCAAGAAUGACCAGAAUAACCUGGUGCUACCAGAGACAUCCCCGUCACCAGAAGACACAGAAAGGGCAGAACAGUUGAAGAAUGAAGGGAACAAUCAUAUGAAAGAGGAGAACUACAGCUGUGCGGUGGAGUGUUACACAAAAGCCAUCGAUUUAGACCUCCGAAACGCUGUCUACUACUGUAACAGUGCGUCUGGUUGUGUGGCUGGCUGUUGCUGUUAUCAUCAUCGCAGGGCUGCAGCACACAGUAAACUGGGGAACUACACAGAGGCAACGGGAGACUGUGAAAGGGCCAUAGGGAUCGACCCUAGCUACAGUAAAGCCUAUGGGAGAAUGGGAUUGGCAUUGACUGCUAUGAAUAAGUACCCAGAGGCCAUCUCCUACUUCAAGAAAGCUCUGGUUUUAGAUCCAGAGAAUGACACCUACAAAUCCAACCUGAAGAUCGCUGAGCAGAAACAAAAAGAGGCAUCCAGUCCUAUGGCUAUGGGACUGGGAUUUGACAUGGCCAGCCUUAUCAACAACCCUGCCUUCAUCAGCAUGGCCGCCAGUGUGAUGCAGAACCAACAAGUGCAACAGCUUAUGUCAGGGAUGAUGUCCAAUGCGGUCGGGGGUCCAGCAGCAGGAGUGGGAGGACUGUCUGACAUCUCCAGCCUGAUUGAAGCUGGUCAGCAGUUUGCCCAGCAGAUCCAGCAGCAGAACCCAGAACUGAUCGAACAGCUGAGGAACCACAUCCGCAGCCGCUCCUUCAGUGGCAGCGCUGAGGAACACUCGUGAUCCACACAGGUCUGUGUACUAGAACACAGAGCUUACAUUUCAAUAGAGGAAGGGCAACCAUAUGUCGUGAUUACAAUCUCUACACCCAUUCCUUAAACUCACAUCACCGGCAGAGCUGGAAUGAAGAGACAGACGGAGAUGGGGAUGAUGGCACUUUACUGGGACUGUAUCUUCAGAGAGGACGGGAGAGAUGUGAAACAGUCUACACCUUCUACAUACCUAAUAAGAAGAGAAAGUAUCCAACACAUUCUAUGUAGAUACUCAAACAGGAAAUAGAGUAUCAACCACAUUCUAGACACCCAAUUAGUUUCAAAAACAUUCCCACCAAUCUGGAGAAAGAAUAUUCUACACAGUUUGAGACCCAAUCAGGAGACAGUCUCAACUAAUUAUUCUAAAUAUCCAACCCAGUGCACAGCAAAUAUUUAAUCUUUCCUCAAUAAUGUUCCAUUCCAAAUGGAUUUCUGUGUUUUUCUAUAGUGUGUUGUAGUAGCAACGUGGAAACCAUUUCUGUGUUCCUAUACUUUGGUAUAUUUUGUUGAUCCUUUGGUCCGCACUGAUUUCACUGAUCCAAAAGAAUUGUACGUAGGAGAAUGCAGGGGUGUAUACAGUGAGGUGAAACAUUUAGAUAGAAAUUAAAUUAAUAGAGCUGAUAGGAUUCCCUAUUCUACAGUACCAGUCAAAAGUUUGGAAACACCUACUCAUUCAAGGGUUUUUCUUUAUUUUUACUAUUUUCUACAUUGUAGAAUAAUAGUGAAGACAUCAAAACUAUGAAGUAACACAUUUGGAAUCAUGUAGUAACCAAAACAUUGUUAAACAAAUACAAAUCUAUUUUACAUUUUAGAUUCUUCAAAGUAGCCACCCUUUGCCUUGAUGACAGCUUUGCACAUUCUUGCCAUUCUCUCAACCAACUUCACCUGGAAUGCUUUUCCAACAGUCUUGAAGGAGUUCCCACAUAUGCUGAGCACUUGUUGGCUGCUUUUCCUUCACUCUGCGGUCCAACUCAUCCUAAACCAUCUCAAUUGGGUUGAGGUCAGGUGAUUGUGGAGGCCAGGUCAUCUGAUGCAGCACUCCAUCACUCUCGUUCUUGGUCAGAUAGCCCUUACACAGCCUGGAGGUGUGUUGGGUCAUUGUCCUGUUGAAAAACAAAUGAUAGUCCAACUAAGCGCAAACCAGAUGGGAUGGUGUAUCACUGCAGAAUGCUGUGUAGCCGUGCUGGUUAAGUGUGCCUUGAAUUCUAAAUAACUCUGGGUCUUCCUUUCCUGUGGCGGUCCUCAUGAGAGCCAGGUUCAUCAUAGAGGUUGAUGGGUUUUGAGACUGCACUUGAAGAAACUUUCAAAGUUCUUGAAAUUUUCCGCAUUGACUGACCUUCAUCUCUUGAAAUAAUGAUGGACUGUCAUUUCUCUUUGCUUAUUUGAGCUGUUCUUGGCAUAAUAUGGACUUGGUGUUUUACGAAAUAGGGCUAUCUUCUGUAUACCACCCCUACCUUGUCACAACACAACUGAUUGGCUCAAAUACAUUUAGAAGGAAAGAAAUUCCACAAAUGAACUUUUAACAAGGCACACCUGUUAAUUGAAAUGCAUUCCAGAUGACUACCCCAUGCAGCUGGUUGAGAGAACGCCAAGAGUGUGCAAAGCUGUCAUCAAGGCAAAGGGUGGCUUCCUUGAAGAAUCUCAAACAUAAAAUAUAUUUUGACUUGUUUAACACGUUUUUGGUUACUACAUGAUUCCAAAUGUGUUAUUUCAUAGUUUUGAUGUCUUCAUUAUUAUUCUACAAUAAUAGAACAUAGUAAAAAUAAAGAAAAAUCCUGGAAUGAGUAGGUGUGUCCAAACUUUGGACAGGCACUGUACAUGACAGGCAAUACGAACUGUAUUGUGUAUAACAGAUACAUCUUCACGUUCUGUAACAUUGCUCCUUUCAGAACUGACCCCUGGAUUUGACUUAAAAUUGCUUUCAGUAAUUGCAUUGAGUGAAAGGGAGGAAGGAAUUAAGGAAGGAAGGAGUUAAGGAAGUAGAGAAAUGGAGGAAGGGGUUGUUCAGGAAGGAGUGAAAGGGAUAAAGGAUGCAUCUGUGAAGUAUUUGAACUGGGAGCACAUUCCUUUUUCUCAUGACUACAUGAGUUACACACGACAGCAGGGUUACAUUGUUUUCUAUCCUAUCAUGUUCAGACAGUUAUUUUUGUACCAAAUUAUUUGUUAUAGUUACUGUUGGAUGAAACAAAGACCCUAAGCCUUGAUCAUGUGGAUCUCUAUCAUUGCUUUGGAUAGCAAUUAUCAGUGCUAAUUUGAAGAUAAAAGAAAAUGUGUCCUUGAAAGUAUGUAUAGUGACCAUGUCUGCACCCCUACCCUCACCCUGUAUUUACUAAUGAUUGCAACCAUAGCAAACACACAAAUAUGUCAAUGCCAUUUCUCUUUUGAUUCUAUUUCAUUUGACAUCACUGAAACAAUGUUGAUAGUAUGGGACUUAUUCAGCCUUAAUGAUUUUGCAUGCUUUUCCAUCUGAUAUUUAUUGUCAGACACUUAACUGAAGCUAAUGAAUAUUGUGUAAAACAGAGCAGCAUAAUGUUUGGUCAACAAAUAUACGUCUCAAUAAAAUGUCUUGAAAUUGA